AUGGCACCAGUUUCUGAUACAGAUAAAUACGAUGCUUCCCAAUUUCAAAAGUCCCACGUUGGCCGAACCAAGUCUGGAUCGUAUACUGUUAGUAAUCAAAACCUCAAAUUGGCAUUAUAUCCUGAAUACUUACCCACUUGGAACCCAAAUCAGAAGUUUCCCAAUUAUACAUUUGCCGAAUAUCACGACAAGGGGUUGUUGGCUGAUGGAGAAUUGAAGAAUUUGUUUCCAGAUGGUAUUGGUAGUGGCAGCCGUUACUCAGUUAAAAGAAUUACUCCCAAGUUGGGCUCUGAAAUUAAUGGUAUACAACUUUCACAGUUGAGUGAUAGUGCUAAAAAUGAUCUUGCACGCUUUGUUGCUGAAAGGGGUGUUGUUGUUUUCAAGAACCAAGAUUUCAACCAGAAAGGACCCCAAUUUGCUGUUGAUUUUGCUAAAUAUUUUGGUACAUUGUACAAACACGCAACAAGUGGUUCACCCGAAGGUUUCCCAGAAUUGCAUGUUUGUUUUAGGGGUGCUACUCAAGAUGAAAUCAAUUCUGUGUUUGCUAACAGAACCAACUCCAUUUCCUGGCACUCUGAUUGUUCCUAUGCGUUAAAUGCCUUGCAGCUCACAUUAUUUUCAUGUUUGCAGAUACCAGAAGCUGGUGGUGAUACUUUAUUUGCUAGUACUGUGGAGGCUUAUAAUAGAUUGAGUCCGGCUAUGAAGGAACGAUUAGAAGGGUUACAUGUGUUGCACUCCUCUAUAGAGCAAGCACGAAAUAACAAAGAGGUCGGUGGGAUAACUAGGAGAGAACCAGAGGCUAAUAUCCAUCCCCUUGUUAGAAUUAAUCCAUUGACGAAAGAGAAACAUUUGUACUUGAACAAAGAAUUUGGAAGAAGAAUAGUUGAGCUAAAGGAAGAUGAACUGGAUUAUUUAUUAUCGUUUUUAUUUGAUCUUGUUGAGACAUCACAGGAUUUGCAACUUCGUAUUCGUUGGGAAGAAAAUACGAUUGUUUUAUGGAAUAAUUCAACCACCGUUCAUUCUCCAUGUGUAGACUUUGAUGAACCAGUGAUACGUCAUGCGUACAGAAUCAGUGUGAUGGGAGAACGACCAGUUGAUGAUUUGAAGUAUUUGAAUGAUCCACAUUAUUUGAGUGAUAAAUAUAAACAACUUGGAAUCUGA